AUGAAUGGCGGCCUUGCGGCGGUGUCUGGUGAAAUCUUCGUAACAUCGCUGCUGAGCACAGCGACGCCCGAACAACACCGUGCCGUCAUCCAAGACUACAUGGUGCGCGAGCUUACCGAAGCGAAUCGGCGACGUCUAGGUUUGAUAAACGCUCCGACGGCCAAGGUUAAGUUCCUGCUAUCACGGCUUGCCGGCAAAUCCAAUAAUGGGACCUUUGAAAAAUUGUCUAGGACGAGUCUGCGGUCCCCACGCUGGACGAGAUCGGCGCGAUUUGCUACUGGCGAAAGCAUGACGCGUUAUUGCCUCACACGUGCUGAACGGAAGAUUUGCAAGAACGCAGUUGCCCUUGCGCUUCGUGAUGAUUAUACGGUCGCGUCGUCAUACUUGCACGUAACGUCGCAGCGUCCGCGUAUGCCUGGCCCAGAGCUUAUGGAAAUUGCCGCAAUUUGA